GGCAGGCCCAGGGCAUGGGGGCGGAGUCGCCUUUUGGCGCCAAUCGCUCGCGAUGGAGCCGGAGCGGCUGCGGCGCCGUCUGAGCUCCGCGUUUCGGCUGCGCGGGCUCCUGCUGCGGGCGGAUGCUCUAAAGUACCUUACUGAAGCUCUUCAGUCCAUCAGUGAAGUAGAACUUGAUGAUGUAAUUGAAAAUGUCAUUGAUGCCGUCGAAAAACAGCCUUUGUCAUCUAAUAUGGUUGAACAAUCUGCAGUGGAAGCAGCUGUCCAAGAAUGUAGCCAGGCAUCAGAUGAAACCAUAGAAAAUGUUUUCAACAUUAUUGGAGCCUUUGAUAUUCCACAUUAUAUUUAUAAUUCAGAAAGAAAGAAGUUUCUGCCUCUGUCAAUGACCGACUUUCCUGUACCAAAUUUAUUUGGAACUGCCAGAGAUAAAGCGGAGUUGUUUCGUGAACGCUACUCCAUCUUACAACAGAGGACUCAUAGACAUGAGUUGUUUACUCCUCCAGCAGUCGUUUCUCAUCCUGAUGAGAGUAGGAGCAAAUUCCAGCUUAAAACAAUAGAAGCUCUAUUGGGCAGUACAGCCAAAGUGGGAGAACUAAUUGUGCUUGGGAUGAUAACUCAGCUUAAGGAGGGGAAGUUUUUCCUAGAAGACCCUACAGGAGUCGUCCAACUAGACCUUAGUAAAGCACAGUUCCACAGUGGCUUAUAUACUGAAUCAUGCUUUGUUUUGGCAGAAGGUUGGUAUGAAGAUGAAGUUUUUCAUGUGAAUGCUUUUGGAUUUCCACCUACUGAGCCUUCUGCAAACACUAGAGCCUUUUAUGGGAAUAUAAACUUUUUUGGAGGACCUUCAUCAACUUCAGUAAAAGCUUCUGCAAAACUAAAGGAGCUGGAGGAGGAAAACGAAAAUGCCAUGUUUGUAUUUCUUUCUGAUGUAUGGCUGGACCAAGCAGAAGUACUGGAAAAGCUUCACACAAUGUUUUCAGGUUAUUCAGCUGCGCCUCCAACCUGCUUUUUCUUUUGUGGGAAUUUUUCAUCUGCACCAUAUGGAAAAAAUCAAAUUCGGUCACUGAAAGGUUCUUUGAAGGCUCUUGCAGAUAUUAUAUGUGGAUAUCCCAGCAUUCAUAAAAGUAGUCGAUUUGUGUUUGUACCUGGCCCUGAAGACCCUGGUCCUGGUUCCGUUUUACCAAGACCUCCCCUGGCUGAAAAUAUUACUCAGGAAUUCAGACAGCUGGUGCCAUUUUCAGUUUUCACCACAAAUCCUUGCAGGAUUCAGUAUUGCACCCAGGAAAUAAUUAUCUUCCGUGAAGAUCUGGUAAACAAAAUGUGCAGAAACUGUGUCCGCUUCCCCAGCAGCAACAUGGACAUUCCCAACCAUUUUGUAAAGACCAUAUUAUCACAGGGACAUCUGACGCCACUUCCACUGUAUGUUAGCCCAGUGUACUGGGCCUAUGACUACUCCCUGAGGGUAUACCCUGUGCCAGAUGUGCUCGUGAUUGCAGAUAAAUAUGACCCCUUCACUGUCACCAACACUGACUGUGUUUGCAUAAAUCCUGGUUCAUUUCCAAGAAGUGGAUUUUCAUUCAAGGUAUUCUACCCCUCCAACAAGACAGCUGAAGACAGCAAGCUUCAGGGUCUCUGAAUUUCUGCGAGACUGCAAAAAGGAAGCAAGUAUUUGUAAAGCCAACUGUAGCACCCAUUUCAGGUGGAUUGAUUUUACAAUGUAUUACAGACUGUUCUUAAUAAAUGUCAAGGUCAAAAAUGG